AUGUUAAAUAUCACCCAGGUGUUUGUCAGGCUCAGGUAAGUCAGUGACUCCUGCCAGGUAUAGCUGUGAGGAGGUGACAUCACAUCUAAUACCAGCCUUGAAGCUGUCAUUUAACGCAGUUUGUCACAACACUCCCUGUAUCUCAUCUUGGGCACAGCUCCCUCCCACACCUGGGCUCAGCCCACAUUGGGAGGUUAAUCCUGCCGCCUGAAUAGGCAAUCACAGGAGGGAGCAGCAUCUUCCAAACAGGAAAAGGACAGCUAGCAACGGAAUCAGUGACUGCGAGGAGAAGGGAAGAGAAUAUAACCCUUCAGGGAGCAAACAUAGCUGGGGAGACAGAACCCUGAGUUAGAGCUGGGGAGACAGAACCCUGAGUGAUAGACCUGGGCGAGACAGAAGCCUGUGAUAGAGCUGGUGGAGAUAGAACCCUGAGUGAUAGAGCUGGGUGAGACAGAACCGUGAGUGAUAGAGCUGGGCGAGACAGAAGCCUGUGAUAGAGCUGGUGGAGAUAGAACCCUGAGUUAGAGCUGGGGAGACAGAACCCCGAGUGAUAGAGCUGGUGGAGAUAGAGCUAGGGGAGACAGGCACUGGGGUGCAUAGCUGACUGGGUUUUGGAUAGGAGAUUUUGUUGUGGUACAGUAUAUAGUAGUGGAGAGCAUAGAGCCCACAGUGAAGGAGAGGAACGAAGAAGAUGGAUGACAAGACUGCCUCAGGUAGGGAAAUCCACGGCGAGAAUGAGAGUGCUGAAAUAAAUGUGAGACAGCUACACACCUCUUUAACAGAUCAUGGAGAAAAAAGUAAGACGUUACAAAGACUACCGGAGAAACCAAAACAAACCGGUGAGACAGCUCUGGAACAAGACAAGCACAAAGAGACUGCUUUGGAACCAGAGGGACCUAACAAGAAAGAUCAGAAACAGAAGGAACAUUCAGAGAUUGCUUUGGACAAAGAUAAACCCCAAGAGACAGCUCCCAAACAAGACAAGCUCAAAGGGAGCUCUUUACAACAAGAGAAACACAAAGUGUUAACGGACAAUUUAGGACAGGAGACUGAGAAAGAGAAAGCUAUACACGAAGAGACCCAUAAACAGUCAUCUCUAGAUCAAGUGACCUCUAAAGAUUUAGAAAAAGGGGCCAAGAAAGAGACAACUCAACAUCAAGAGACUCGUAAACAGACAUCUCUAGAACAGGACAUCCAUAAAGACACAAAUCUAGAACAAGGGACUAAGAAAGUGACCAUUUCACAACAAACCCAUAAACAGUCUGCUCUAGAACAGGAGACCAAGAAAGAGACCACUAAGCAGCCAGCUCUAGAACAGGAGACCAAGAAAGAGACCACUAAGCAGCCAGCUCUAGAACAGGAGACCAAGAAAGAGACCACUAAGCAGCCAGCUCUAGAACAGGAGACAAAGAAAGAGACCACUAAGCAGCCAACUCUAGAACAGGAGACCAAGAAAGAGAUCACUAAGCAGCCAGCUCUAAAACAGGAGACCAAGAAAGAGACCACUAAGCAGCCAGCUCUAGAACAGGAGACCAAGAAAGAGACCCAUAAGCAGCCAGCUCUAGAACACAAGAUUAAGAAAGAGACUCAUAAGCAGGAAGCUCUAAAACACGAGACUGAGAAAGAAACCCAUAAGAAGGCAGCUCUAGAACAGGAGAUCAAGAAAGAGACCCAUAAGCAGGCAGAUCUCAAGCCAGAACAUGAGCUCCCAAAACAGGCAGCUCUAGAACAGAAUACUCUUAAACAAACAGUUGCAGACCAGGAGCAGUGCCAAGAGACAGCUCAAAAACAGAACAAAUUUAACAGGAAUUCUCUAAAACAGGAGCCAACGAAAGAACAAACUCAGAAUGAAGGCCAGCACAAAGAAACAACAUUAAAACAAGAGACAUCUCUAGGACAGAAGGAGCACAAUGAGACAUCUGCAGGCCAGAACAAGAACAAAGAGACCGCUCAAAGUCCCUUAGAACAGGAAAAACACAAAGAGACUGUUCAAGAAGAGAUGGCCCAUGGCACCAAGACAGAUAACGAGUCUGGUAAACACAAGCAGACACAAAAGGGACAGAAGGACCAGAUAAAAACAGAGAGUGCUGAUAUAAAAGAGACUGUCCCGGAACAGAUAGGAUGCAAACAGAUACGCCAGGGACAGCAGGAAAAGAUAGAGACCGUAAAAGAAAAAAAGACAGCUGAGGAGGGAAAGAGUAUAACAGAGUGUGCAGAGGUAGCGCACCCUGUGCUUAUACCCCCACUGCCAGAACCUGAGACCCCACAGGGGUGGCUGGACCUCUGUGACAAAGAGUGGGGUCUGCGAGACAGAAAAAUCCCGUUUCUAGAGAGUGCAGACUGGAAACACAUCUACAAAAAGAGACCGUUUGGGAGAAACUUCCUGAAAAGUCCAAAUCCUGAGCGUUUGUCGACAUAUCAGCCGCCCCCACAGGAGGCAUGUGACCCUCCACCCCAGAGAAGACCCUUGGAGACAUUAGGUGAUUUCAGUGGUUGGACGAUCACUACUGAGGAAAUUCCUGUGGAUAGGAGCAAAGUGCCCCCUGGGGUAGUUGUUUGUUAUUUGCCCAUUUACAGUUGGUGCGUGAAGGAGCAGUUGGUGGAUCUGGUGUCUGAAGGUCUGUGGGCCGAGUUGCUGGAUUCAUACCAGCCUUAUAUCUACGUCCUGGACUGGUAUGAAGACAGCAAACUGCACAGACAGGUGUAUGAGAUGCACGUCACCUUGCUGGCAGCAGACAAGACAACGGUGAUCGCAAGGCAUGACCUGAUCCCAGAGAAUGACAUGAGUGGGGACCCCAGCGGCUGGAACCCAGUCUCUCACAUAUUUAAAUCCUACGGGGCAGGAGUUCGUUACGUCCAUUUCUUACACAAGAGUAAGGAUCUGUCUGUCCUGGGAUUUCACCGAACGCGCAUUGCUGACAGCACUUUGUUUGUUCAACUUCGGGAUCUAGAUAUACCAACAGAGACCCCCCCUCAAUAAAAAUCUCUGACAGAGAGUAAACAAACCCCCCCAAACAAAAAUCUCCACGGACAGAAAAUGACCCCAAAAAAGUCAAAGUAAGGGAAAGAUCUCAACAGAACAUGUAUCUGCCGAACUGGGCCCAAACGAAGAUUGGGAAUGGCGUCUCGGUGAAUGAACUGUGGACAAUACGUGGAUCAAUAAUAUGAGAGAAUUAUAUUCUUAUAUCUGAAUAAAACAGAACACAUUGAAA